GGAUUAGGGUGUAAAGCUUGAAAGUAGAGCUCUCAUGGCUGACAGCCAAAGCAUGAUCCGAAUUUCAGCAUCCUCACCUUUGACUGGGAGGGCUAUGGCUACUCUCCGACAAGCGUCAGCAGAUGAAUCGUCAAUGGGGCAACAUCAACAUCAAAAAUCCCGGACCGUAGUAUUACGUUGCAUCAUCUCGUAUCAUAAGAAAACCACCCCUGUAUACAUACGCUGUUCAGAACCAUGGUUGCUGUUUGCCCACCAAUUUUUUUCAAGAAAGUUUCACCAUUUUACAAGUUGCCCAACUUUUGUCAUUUCCAGCAGUUUGAUUUUUUCUGGUUGAAACUUUUAAUUGAUCGGAAGUGUGUGUACUGUGUGAAAAUAUAUACAUACGUAUUGAUAUACAUAUAUAUAUAUAAAUAGAGAGAGAGAGAGAGAGAGAGAGAGGAGAGUGUGAGUGAGGGGAGAAUGAAUCGUCUAGAGAUGAUGACGGUGGCGGUGGAAGAAGGUGAAACACCGACGAGCCCAGGAGUGAAGUUGGGAAUGCAGGUAGAGGAUUUGUGGGAUGUACAGGGGUCUCAGCUGAGCCCAACCGAGAAGCUUAAUGCUUGUUUUGAGAGUAUUCCUGUCUCUGCCUUUCCCCCUGCUCCUUCCUCCCAGGUUGUUGAGAUAAGCUCCGACACGAGUCUGGCGCACGCCGUCAAGUUACUGGCCCAGCACAAAAUACUGAGCGCACCAGUCGUAGACGUCAGAGCACCUGAAGAUGCCAGUUGGAUCGACAGAUAUAUAGGCAUCGUGGAGUUUGCUGGCAUUGUUGUAUGGAUAUUACAUCAGUCUGAAAAGAUGGAAGGCAACAGCUUCGGUCCAGCAACUAAUGACUUUGAAGAUGAUGCUGGCCCUGCCGUUGCAGCAGCAGCCAGUGGAAUGUCUCCCCUGAGGUUUAAAAGCAUGCAUCCUGACUCUGCUUCUGCAACUUGUGGAAAUUUCUUUGAGACUCUUACGGCCUCUGACUUCUACAAAAACACAAAGGUGGGAGACAUCUCAGGAUCUUUUCGCUGGGCUCCGUUUCUUGCACUGCAGAAAGCUAACUCAUUCUUAACAAUGCUUCUACUGCUGUCCAAGUACAGAAUGAAGAGCGUUCCUGUGGUUGAUUUGGGGGAAGCAAAGAUUGACAACAUUAUCACUCAAAGUGCAGUUAUCCGCAUGCUACAAGAAUGUGCUGGGCUCCAUUGGUUUGAAAGUUGGGGUUCAAAGAAGCUAUUUGAAUUGGGCCUCCCUUUAAAGGAAUCGAGCAACAUAAUCAAGGUGUACGAGGACGACCCUGUGCUGCAUGCAUUUAAGCUUAUGAGACAAAGGGGAGUCGGAGGCCUCCCAGUGGUUGGACGUGGCGGAAGUAAAGUAGUUGGUGAUAUAACCAUCAGAGAUAUCCAAUUCCUUCUCAUUGCACCAGAAAUCUACAAGGAAUACAGAUCUAUUACUGCCAGGAACUUCCUAACAGCAGUUACAAGCUAUCUAGAGGAGCAUCAAAACGAGACGCCUAUGUCGAGCGGCAUGGUGAUGUGCCAUAGAGACGAUGCGUUGAAGCAAGUGAUUAUGAAGCUCGAUUCUGUCAAGAUCCAGCGCAUUUACGUUGUGGACGAUGGUGGGAACCUGGAGGGGGUCAUCACAUUGAGAGACAUAAUAUCGAGGCUGGUACACGAGCCUCGUGGUUAUUUUGGGGAUUUCUUCGAUGGUGUGUUGCCGCAGCCUGCCAAUAGCAGGGUCUAAUAACUGGUGGAGCUGCUGUCUUGAGAAAAGCCGGUGGUCGAUUUAGGGUGAGUUUGGCAUAACGGUUGAAACUUUCA